AUGCUGGCACAGGGGGACUUCUGCUGGUCUUGCUGGUUAAGCUGUUGGCUUUGGGCAACGAUCAUUAAUGGGCAGGAGCUUUAUGCACCUCACUCCAUCAGGAUAGAAGGGGACAUCACUUUGGGGGGAAUGUUUCCUGUUCAUGCCAGGGGCUUUCCUGGGUUCCCCUGUGGGGACAUCAGAAAAGAGAAUGGGAUUCACCGGUUGGAAGCUAUGCUUUAUGCACUUGAUCAAAUAAAUAGUGACCCGGAGCUGCUGCCAAAUAUCACCCUGGGGGCUCGGAUUUUAGACACCUGCUCCCAAGAUACAUAUGCUCUGGAACAGUCUCUGACCUUUGUCCAGGCGCUAAUCCAGAAGGAUACAUCUGAUGUUCGCUGCACCAAUGGGGAUCCCCCGGUGUUUGUUCGGCCAGAGAAAGUAGUUGGAGUCAUUGGGGCAUCGGAAAGUUCAGUGUCUAUCAUGGUGGCCAAUAUCUUGAGACUUUUCCAGAUCCCUCAGAUCAGCUACGGCUCCACUGCUCCGGAACUGAGUGAUGAGCAGCGCUAUGACUUCUUCUCUAGGGUUGUGCCCCCUGACUCUUUUCAGGCACAGGCCAUGGUGGAUAUUGUAAAGGCCAUGGGAUGGAGCUAUGUGUCCACGCUGGCAUCAGAGGGCAGCUACGGAGAGAAAGGUGUGGAAUACUUCAUGAAGAUAUCUCGAGAGGCAGGGGGUCUCUGUAUUGCUCAUUCAUUGAAAAUUCCACAGGACAGUAAACCCAGUGACUUUGAUAAGAUCGUCAAGCAACUUGUUGAAGCAAAUGCACGAGCUGUGGUUGUUUUUGCAAUUGAUGAUGAUGACAUCAGACAGGUUUUGGCUGCAGUGAAGAGAGCGGGUCAGAUUGGUCACUUCUUAUGGGUGGGGUCGGACAGUUGGGGUACCAAGCUUGGCCCUAUAAGUCAGUAUGAGGAUGUGGCUAUGGGAACCAUUACUAUCCUUCCCAAGAGAGCAACAAUAGAAGGUUUUGAUGCCUAUUUUACAUCUCGGACAUUGGAGAACAACAGAAGAAAUGUCUGGUUUGCAGAAUAUUGGGAAGAAAAUUUCAACUGUAAACUCACAAUUACAGGCUCUAAAAAGGAAGACACCGACCGCAAGUGCACAGGACAGGAACGUAUCGGGCAGGACUCGCAUUAUGAACAAGAUGGAAGGGUCCAGUUUGUGGUAGAUGCAGUAUAUGCCAUGGCUCAUGCCCUACACAACAUGAACAAGGACCUGUGUCCUGGAUCCUCUGGACUCUGCCCAGAAAUGGAACAUGCUGGUGGAAGGAAACUUCUUAAAUACAUUCGCAAUGUCAGCUUCAAUGGCAGUGCUGGGACCCCUGUCAUGUUUAAUAGGAAUGGGGAUGCUCUGGGACGCUACAAUAUUUUCCAGUACCAGGGUGCAAAUGGCAGCAUGCAGGGAUACAGACUGAUUGGACAGUGGACAGAUGAACUGCAGCUUAAUAUUGAGGACAUGCAAUGGUCUAAGGGAAUUGGAGAGAUUCCACCAUCAGUCUGCAGCUUGCCUUGUAAGGUCGGAGAAAGGAGGAAAAUGACAAAGGUGAUGCCAUGCUGUUGGCAAUGUGAGCUCUGUGAUGGGUACAAAUACCUGCUGAAUGAGUUUACCUGCUAUCCCUGUGAUCAUGGCAUGAGGCCCAAUCCAAACCGGACAGGUUGUGACCCUAUACCCAUUGUCAAGUUGGAGUGGCAUUCACCAUGGGCCGUCAUACCUGUAUUCCUGGCCAUGCUUGGAAUCAUCGCAACCAUCUUUGUCAUGGCCACAUUUAUACGAUACAAUGACACCCCUAUAGUCCGUGCAUCAGGCAGAGAGCUCAGCUAUGUUUUGUUAACUGGAAUCUUUUUCUGCUACAUUAUCACCUUCCUUAUGAUAGCCAAGCCCGACACAGGUGUGUGUUCUUUCCGUCGUAUCUUCCUUGGGUUGGGUAUGUGCAUUAGCUAUGCUGCUCUCUUAACUAAAACCAACAGGAUUUACAGGAUCUUUGAACAGGGUAAAAAAUCAGUGACUGCACCUCGGCUUAUAAGCCCAACCUCACAACUGGCCAUUACUUCUAGCUUGAUAUCUGUUCAACUUCUGGGAGUUUUUAUUUGGUUUGGUGUCAAUCCACCAAACAUCUUUAUUGACUACGGGCAGGAGAUAACCCCUCCAGAACAGGCCAGGGGUGUCCUAAAGUGCGACAUUACGGAUCUACAAAUAAUUUGUUCCUUGGGAUACAGCAUCCUUCUUAUGGUGACUUGCACUGUAUAUGCCAUCAAAACAAGAGGUGUGCCAGAGAACUUCAAUGAAGCCAAGCCCAUAGGGUUUACUAUGUACACCACCUGUAUAGUCUGGCUAGCAUUUAUUCCUAUAUUUUUUGGAACCUCACAGUCAGCAGAAAAACUCUACAUUCAGACCACAACGCUCACAAUCUCUAUGAAUCUCAGUGCGUCGGUGGCCCUAGGGAUGCUCUACAUGCCUAAGGUUUAUAUUAUAAUCUUCCACCCAGAGCUCAACGUGCAGAAACGCAAGCGCAGCUUUAAGGCUGUAGUAACAGCAGCCACAAUGUCAUCACGUUUGUCACACAAGCCCAGUGACAGGCCAAAUGGGGAAGCUAAGACAGAGCUUUGUGAGAAUGUGAACCCAAACAGUCCGGCAACCAAGAAAAAAUACGUCAGCUACAACAACCUGGUGAUAUAAGCCACCUCCUUGCUAGAGGUGAUAGGCGCAGCGACAUUUUCACUCCUGCGUUGUGUGGUGCGGCUUGCUCCCUAUCCAUCCCGCGCCUCUUCUGCAGCGGCCAAUCAUGGGAGGAGAGGAGCCGCUGGGACAUGACGGUGCUCGGCCCUUGAGGAUUGGGUGCAGCUGCUUCAUCCAAGCCAUCUGAACUGUUCCCAGCUUGUCUCUUGGGAGCCAGGGCUAAGGGAAUGAGCGCCAAGCCCCGUGUGAAAAGAGUCUUUAAGCGGAAGUUACCAGGGCUCUUCCGUGUCUCUCGGGACCAUCAGACUCAGACCUUUCUGUACAGUUUCUGAGGAACUUUUUUACAUACAACCUUCCCUGUUUUUCUCCAUGACCCACUUAACUUUCAUUAUGUGGGGAUUCCAUACCCAUCUGACCAGCUCCCAGGAGCUGCACAUUUCUUGUACAACCAAAUCAUUUCUUUGGCUGCUGCUUAAUACUACCCAAUUGUUUUACUCUCAUUUGACUCUUUCUUCUUCUUUUCUUGUCUACUUUCUUAUUUCUUUUCCUCAUUCAUAAAAACAAGGUUUUUAUAAAGACCAAAAACUGUGUGUGCGACAAGGAUCAAGCCUGAGUGUGUUUGGCUGGCCGGAUCCAGUAAGUGAUUGGCUAGCAAGAUCUGGUCCAUGACUGGUUAGUGCCCUGAAGGGUCUUGUGUCUUCGAAUGCAUGUUCUAUCUUUGCAUUAUUUCUUUAUUUAUG